AUCUUUCCCUUUUUCCCCUCUUCACUCUGAGUUUCAGUCUCACUUUCUGAGAAGAGCGCCAAAUUAGGGUUAGGUUAGGGUUUAACCGUUCCUACACUCAAUCGUCAAUCUCUUCCAAAUUCCAAUCCCAAUUGCAAUGGAUCCGACCAAGAAGCGCAAGCUUGAUGAAAAUGGUUUCGGUGAUGCCGACCCGCUUAAACUCUCUCCCACCGAGGCGCGAAAACUCAUCGAGCGCUUCACCCCGGAGCAGCUUCUCGACAUCCUUCAGGACGCGGUGGCUCGCCACGCCGACGUUCUUGCCUCCGUGCGUGCCGUCGCGGACCCCGAUGUGUCGCAGCGCAAACUCUUCGUGCGGGGCCUCGGGUGGGACACCACCACAGAUGGCCUCCGCUCACUCUUCUCCACCUACGGCGAGCUUGAGGAGGCUGUCGUGAUCAUUGACAAGGCAACCGGCAAGUCCAAGGGCUACGGAUUCGUCACCUUCCGCCACGUGGACGGUGCCGUCCUCGCCCUCCGCGAACCCAGCAAGCGCAUCGACGGGCGCGUUACUGUCACGCAGCUCGCUGCAGCGGGAAACUCCGCGUCGAAUGCCAACGCAGCCGAUGUUGGGCUCAGGAAGAUCUACGUAGCCAACGUGCCGCCGGACCUUCCCGCGGACAAGCUCCUCGCGCAUUUUUCUGUGUACGGUGAGAUCGAAGAGGGACCCUUAGGGUUUGAUAAACAAACUGGAAAAUCAAAGGGGUUUGCGCUUUUUGUUUAUAAGACUCCUGAAGGGGCUCAAGCUGCGUUAUUAGAUCCUGUCAAGACUGUGGAAGGAAGGCAAUUGAGUUGUAAACUGGCGAUAACAGAUGGUAAGCAGGGUAAGCGAGCCGGACCAGAUUCGGGUCAGGCCCAUGGGAAUGUUCAGCACGGUCAUGGGGAUGGAGUGGGGGCUGGAAUGGGGAUGCCUCCUGCGGCGGGGUCUGGGCCUGGGCAGUAUGGCGGCCCGCAAUAUGGGGGACCGGUCGGGUUGGGUUCGUAUGGUGGGUUUGGUGGACAGCCUCCGUUAGGUAACCAUAAUCAUCCUCUGAAUUCAUCCAACCCCGUACCCGGUUCUAUGGCCGGUGCUGGUGGUUACGGCGCCGGGAUGGGUGGGCCUUAUGGUGGAUACGGUGGGCCGGGCUCUGCGGGAUUUGGUGCUGCAGGUGGGUUAGGAGGUGCUGGUGGAGGUGCUGGUGUUGGUGGUGGGCUUGGAGGAGCAAGUGGUGGGCUUAGUGGUGGUGCUGGUUCUUUGUAUAGAUUGCCGGGUUCUGGCGGCAUGCCUGCAGGUGGUGGAGGGUAUCCCGAGGGUGGUCAUUAUGGUUUAUCAGCUUCGGCUGGAUACCAGAACCAGCAUCACCCUCCUUCUGGUGCUUCUCCAGUGCCUAGAGUUCCACCUGGUUCGAUGUACCCAAAUGUGCCUCCUUACUACUAAAGAGAUGCUUUGUGCCUCUGGUGAUUGCGUGAAUUGCAGACUAUGUACUCUGGUGUAAUGAAUGUGUUAGCCUGUACUUUUACAGCCUCUUGACUUCAUCUGCUCCCCUUUUAAGCCUUGAUUCAUAUGAAUGUUAUUAGUUAAAACCCCUGUUGAGAUAGACUAGUUUUGUACUUUUAGAAGGAUUAUCUGGGCUGUUACAGCCUGUUUUAAUUAUAUGGUUCUGGAUUUAUUAGCUGAGUUUGUACUUAGUCACAUUUUCUUGUGGUUAGUUUUAACAAAAGUUGCUCAAUGCUGUGGUUGUUUCGUUUUAUUUAUGUUUAUCAAUAUUUACUAAUGCAAUGAUUUAGUCAUGCUGUCUUGAUGCUAUGAUAAUCUGAUAAUUUACUUUAUACAGUGUUGGUCAGGUUGUAAGUGUAAUGGUGUCUGCAAGUGUAUAAUUAUUUUCUAACAGUGUUUAUACUGUAUAUUUGAUGCGUAAUAAUUAUCAUUGUAAAAUGCAAGUCAUCUUGUAACUAUAUUGGCGUUUACAAGUUCUAGUGGUAAAUCAAUUUUCUCAUCCAAUAAGCUUUCAUAGGAUUUCUUUCUUACACUGGGGAUUCCCAUCAUUUUGUAAAUAUGUUCUGGUAAUUUGUGACGUUGACUAGUUUACUAUGCUUGGGAUAGUCUCGAGCCUAUGCAGAAAGAAUUCUGACAUUGAGAAUUGGUGAUGUUCUCUGAAGCAUAUGUAUUUCAUUUUGUCAAAACGACCUGUACUAAAACGCUUGUUUGGUAAACUAAUUAGUUUGCUUUAUUUUUUUAAUAAGUUAUGAAUGACGAGAUUAGGUGUUAUUUGGGAAUCACUAAUGUUUACCUUAAUUGCUGAUUAAAUGAUUUUCUUUCCAUAAUUUGGACUUAAGUAAAUUUAAGAACCGUCUUCCCUUCUCAAUAUUUCCAUCUUGUUUUCUCAAUUUUAUCAAUUGCUUGUCAAAUGUAAGGUGCAAGUUUAUUAAUUUCUUAUGUUAUAGAUUAUAGAUAUUUUCACGACAGUAUAUGAAUAUUUUAAAUUGUUCAUCGGUAAUAAAAUCUUAUCCCACCAUGUAAAGACAUUUUGACUGAUCUCAUGGCAUUAUUGGACUUGGUUAAAAGCCAUAUUUUUAUUGAUGUUAAUGUCCUUCUUGUUCUCCUUUUACCUCCUGUUUUACAUUGCUGAAAACCUUGUCAUCUAAUCUUGUGUCACCCUGACUGGCAUCUAUACGUGGUGAACAGCCUUAAUUUUAUUUUAUCUUUUCCUCAAUAGGUGCAGAACCAAUAUCUUCUCGCAUAUAGUAAUAAUUUUAUGGCCGCAUAUCUUAUACCAGCAUGCUUAUUUUUUAUAUUACCUUUCUUUUGCGGGCACUUUAAAGAUUAAAAUCAAUUACCAUAUGGAUUUAUCUGGUUUUAUGGUAGAAUGGAAAACCUUAUCUUUGAGCUUGGUAGGUAUUUUGUGGUUUAUAUUGUCUUCAAUUUUAUCAUUAUUGGUAUGGUUAAGCUUUAAGUAUCUUGUAUUCUUUAGUUAAAUUAUUUAAAUAUUCAUGUUGAUGCAGCAAUGCUUUUUUAUUUUUUUAAAUUACUUCAUUUUGUAUGUUUUACGUUGUUAAUGUAGCUGAACUUAAUGUUAACAUUGUAUGAUAAUGCAUUUGAUAUUUUAGCAUUGUUAAUGUAGCUAUACAUUUUAAUUUGUUAAAACAUGUAGCUUUGUCUAAAUACAGCCUGUCAGUUAAUAAAUCUUAAUAAUGACCAUAUUUACUUAAGUACGUUUUGGUACCUCUGUUGUUUUUAAUUUCCCAUUUCUGGGCACUUGAAUGGAGUUAUUAGACUUUGUAUAAUUGUAUCAGGCGUGUGCUCUAUGAUUUUAUUGUCAGCAGUGUGGUGAGUUGUUUCACUAGAUGGCUGAUCAUUGGCAUGGGUUGCUAAGAAAUCUACUUAAUUUUAAUUUGUAGUUCUCUUACUCUAAUAUAGUGCGGUAUUGUCUUUCCAGUCUUGCUUUGAGUACAAGUCUGUCAGACCACAUUGUAUGAGUUGACGAUUGUGAUAAAGAACCCACUGUAGGUUUGGUUUGUGAAAGAUAUGUGUGAAAUUGCGAACUCCAAUGAAUUGAUACUGUCAUUUCUAAUCUGAUAGGAUAUAAUAGCAUCAUCUUCUGUGUAUGGCAUGAGAUUAUUGAUUGCUAAUGUAGAGACGGGAUGAGCAUACUGUUUUGCACUGUUUACUUUAGCCAGACAUUUAUUUAUUACGACAACGGUGAUGAACAUCGUUGCUUCCUUGUUGGUUUUUCUAUUCUCUUUGUACCCAAAUCCUUUCAAUAUAUUGUUUAGCAAGCAAUGAAUUCUCAAA